AUGGUUUCUCGUAUAAUUCGGGCGUUGCCUUUAGGAAGUGUGCGGUUAGCAGGACCUGAUGAUGUUCCUGCUAUUAUGACUUUGGUCAACGAAUCGAUGUCUCUGAAUUUUCGUAUUACUUGUCCUGCGGAUUUAAACUAUCUACUGAAAAAUUGUGUUUUAACUAUUUGCCAGUUAGAUAUAAACGGAACAAUAGUAGGUGCACUAGCUCUAAAGGAUCAUCCUCUGGUGCCUUCUGUCAACCCCGCCGCGUGGGAAGAUUUUGUAUGGAGUAAAUAUAAGUAUGUAGAACUAAAUUCACGGAAUACAAUAUUCCUGCACCUGCUGUGUUGGAAUCCAAUUUAUGCGCGAGAACUUGUUGAUAAUAUGCUUAAGUCUGUAUUCAUGCAUGAUCCUUACCUACAGUACAUUGCCAUGAUGAGAACCAUUAUUGAACAUCCACUGUUAGUACCAGGACAGUCGCGUUCUGAGGCAUCAUUCAGACGGGUUCAAGCGUUGGAGCGAGGUGUUCCUGGAGACCAGCUCCCGACGCUGUUAGUUGCUGAGAGGGGGGACGUCAGUCCUAGACUUAAGAUUCGACGAGCAGUUGAAGCGGAUAAUGAUGAUAUAGUGCCUAUCAUAGAACAACAUUCUGUUCGACUUCGUCAGUUGUACGGAGAUUUUUACGUGAGCGAGCUUAUAUCAAGACAUCCUGAAUCAGAGAGGGCUUUGCUUGUGUGUGAGCAUAAAGAAAUGGCAGUUGGUGUAAUGUGCCUCAACACUGAAAUAAAUUUUGAGGAGCUGGAGGAGAGUUUUGAUCUAUCACCAUUUGCCGGUCUGCGGCGUUUAGAACGCAUCAUAAAGCCUAGAGAUAAAACCGUAGAGGGUUCAACUGUCAGCCUCUUAGAAUCAAAAGAUGAUCCCCAAAAGGAAUCGUCCUUUACAAGCGUAAUGGCUAGAGAAACUAAAUCCAGGGUAACUUGGGUAUACGGUGGUGACGAAUUCUCCAAGUUCAAAGAACAAGAAGUGAGGGCACCACGCCCAUCACAACCCGGCGUGUUCAGCCAACUCGACGUAUUGAAUCUCUUUCUCGAAGAGCCAGAGGAAAUGGAAUAUGAUAUCGUCAAUAUAGACCCAGACUUAAUAAAAGUACCGAAGUACUUCUAUGAUAAAGUUGGUGACAGCGGUCCUGAUAGCUAUGUAGGAGUGGUGUUAGAAGGCAGAUGUAAAACGCUUCAUGACGCGGACGUGAAACUCAUUCAAAAUAACUAUUGUAUUGAUUAUUUUCUCAGCCAAGAUGACAAAUCAAAAGUUCGUCGCAGGGAAUCCUUCUUUGACAAUAAAUAUCUUGAUAAGGACGUAGGAAAAAGGACAUCCGAUUUCCCCGUGAUAUUACCAGCGAAGCCUCCAGAGCCAACACGCUUUGUAGGACCACCUAAUGCCUUUCUAUUGGAGUUGUUUGCUAUGCGCCAUGAUUAUGAUGAACGAUAUGGUUUUGAUAUGUUGGAAGUGGCGUUUGAGCUAUUUCCAGAUAGAGAUUAUUGCAUCGUCUGUUUGCCGACUAACCAUACAUGCUUCCCGCUUCUGGAACAUUUUACUCUAGUAACACCGUUCAACUAUCGGAUGAGGUUUAUCAAUGAGACACUAUACGUGGUUCACAUAAAUUCUGUUAGAGGGGAUGUGAGAGUACGUCCAGCUGAACUAUACGAUGCUAUUAGUAUGAAUGACAUUCUGGAGAAUUCGCCAAGAAAGAAAGAAAUUUUGGAAUUGUUUCACGAUAGUUUUGAUAUUCCCUCGUUGUCAUCUUUUUCUCUUCUCAGUCAGAAUCAGCCGAUUGGCUUGGUCAUACUGGGACCUCUAGAAGAUACAACAAUUAUAAGAGCACAAUAUGACUUGGACCCUGAACCUUUUAAGUAUGGUACUGAUGCCGCGGUUUUGGCGGGUAUAAUGAGCCCAAUAAUGGAGCCACACGGCCGUUGGUAUUUACGUGACUUAAUCAGAUAUACAAAAUAUACUACGCUGUUUUACGCUUGUCGUCUUUUUGCUAAAGGAGAAGCGAGUCCUAACAGACAUUUAAUGUCUCUAUCGAGUCACAUGAAACCGGUGUUACCUCGACAAUUCUUCCCCACUGUUAGAGGAAAUAAAGAUCUUGAAGUGAUCUUUAAACCCAUGGCCACACCUUUUGCCUUGUGGACAUUAGAACGUCCGUUGACAAGUAUGCCCAAAGUGUACGUUAACAAUAGUAUAGUGGUUGUGGGCGCCAGUCGUACGGGCUUAUCAUUUAUUGAAUCUCUAGUUAUGGGUUCCAGUGCUCAGUACCUAACAUUCACCAACAUAACCCUGGUCUCUGAGCACGGUCUUCCAACAGUUCCAGACUGUCUGAAAGCAGCCGAAAUCUGCGUACCGCGUGACGGUAGAUACACAGACAGAUAUAUAAAAAGCAUGCCUUUUUACUAUUAUGUCGAUGUUUUAUCCGGACUUAUGGUUAAAAUUGAUAGGAAAAAGAAAUGCAUUCAUCUAAAGGACGGUGGUAUGAAGUUCUUUGAUGAGCUGGUGCUGGUAUGUGGGCAGCAGUUUCAGCAUCCUGAUUACUUGAAGGAAUCUCCAGGCAAAGACACAGCCAAAGAAACUGGGCCAGUGAAGUUCUGCGAUCGUAUUUUAAUGGAUGACGUCAAAUACCAACCUGAUAGGGUUCCACCACCACCAGAAUUGCCUGAAAAUGUGAUGCUUAUCAAUUCCCUGGACCAAGCGAAUUGCUGUCUUAAAAAACUGUUGAAACUUAUAAAGGAAACUAAACAUCAAGAUAAUCGUUUGAGUGAAGAUAACAAAAUUGUCGUAUACGGAGACUGCGUAGAAUCAUAUACAUGUAUCGCAGCAUUGUUGGAAUUGGGUAUAAGUACUAAAACAAUUGCAUUCGUGGAACCAUUUCCUCCUGAUGACAGUAGAAAAAUGAGAGUUAAUUGUUUUAAUAAUGAAACGAUCGAUGGUCGAGUACAAUUAUCUUUGAAAAAGUUAAACAUCCAAGUGUUUAGAAAAACCUAUUUGUAUGGAUGGAUGCAGAAAGGAGAAAGGGUGGAAACUAUACGACUUAUAUCACCUCUAACGGCGUUACAUUUACCUUGCUUUGCCUUGUUUUAUUAUGGGCUUAAAGCUAUCGAUGUUUAUGCGUUUAAAGCAAUAAAUGAAUGCGGCCUAGUAUACGAUGGAGGUUUAGUAGUAGGACCCAAUUUCGAUACGAAUGAUCCUCACGUAUUUGCGGCUGGCCCUUGUGUGAGGUAUUCAAGGAAACUGUAUGCAAAUAAUAGAUUGCAUAAAUAUUAUACUUCAGAGGAUGUCGGAGAAGCAAUGGCUCGUUUAUUUCUCCGCAAACUGGACCCAUUCAUGACAGGUGUUCACGAAGAGGAGUCUCCCACAUCUGAAACUAUAUCGCGCUUUAGCUCCAAUCUUCUUCCAUUUAAAGACUCUCACGCUAGUGUCGCUAGUGCUUUACGACUUUCAAUGAGUGCCAUCAGAGGACGUUGGCAGCCGGUACCUAAAUUCGAUGCCCCGCUAGCACAAACAGCAACUCUACCCGGGCCGUUGUAUUAUCUUAUACUAAGAAAACCCGGCCCCGAAGUACCUAUGGCUGUGCAGAUGACAUUGCCUCAUCAAGGUCACACAUUAAUAACAGAUAAAAAUGAGAAUUAUUUUCGCCUUCAAAUAAACGCAUUGCAUACAAUUGAAUCGAUCACCUGUUUGUCAAAGAAACGAUUUGCUUCAGACAACUUUAUUAUGUUGUAUGGAAAACAUGAGUCGUAUUUCAACAAUUUGCUCGCUAGAUUCGAGUUGAACCUGAUUGAAGACUUCUAUGAUUUCUUCACGAAGCCGUGGAUCUCGGCUUUGUAUCAAGAAUCAUUCCACGGUCUUAUGAUGGAAAUGGACGACCAUGGAAUCAAAACGGUCCACGAUGUGCUGAAGACGAAAUAUAACGAGUAUCUUGAAGCCAACCUUGACUUGUCAACGUGUAUGGUUACUUGCGCUGGGGAUAGGCUAAAGGAGUGCGGUCAGAACGCUUGGUUACGUCACGAGGCCGACGUGUUCUGGCGAUCGAUAGACGGCGAACACAUUGUCGGCUCGCACCUCGCGGCCUAUCUGCGACGGAACAAUGUCACAAACCCACAAUACGCGAUGCCCAAAGCUGAAUAUAUUUGA